GCACCCGGAGCCUCGAUGACCCCGAAGCAAAAACUGGCCAUUGCACAUCAACUCGAAAGGCUAGGCGUUGACAUAAUCGAAGCAGGGUUUCCGGCUUCCAACAAAGCCGAUCUAGAAACUGUUAAGUUGAUAGCACAAGAGGUCGGUAACUCAGCCGCAAGUGAUGAUGGUCAUAUCCCCGUCAUUUCGGGCCUUGCAAGAUGCAACAAGAACGAUAUCGAUAAAGCAUGGGAGGCUGUUAAGUAUGCCAAAUACCCGCGGAUACAUACAUGUAUAGCCACCAGUGAGAUUCAUAUGAAGCAUAAGUUAAAGAUGUCUAAGGAACAAGUUAUUGAAAAGGCUAGGACCAUGGUGGCAUAUGCUAGGAGUUUGGGUUGUAAAGAUGUUCAGUUUGGCGCGGAAGAUGCUGGAAGAUCGGAAAGAGAAUUUUUAUAUGAGGUCCUAGGUGAGGCGAUAAAAGCUCGGGCAACGACUCUUUGCAUUCCUGAUACCGUUGGUUAUAACUGGCCUCGCGAGUUUGGGCAGCUCAUUGCUGACAUAAAAUCCAACACGCAUGGUGCUACAAAUGUCGUCAUUUCUACCCAUUGCCAUAAUGAUCUAGGACUUGCUGUUGCAAAUACUUUGGAGGGGGCUUUUUCGGGUGCAAGACAAUUAGAAGUAACGAUAAAUGGAAUAGGAGAAAGAGCUGGUAAUGCUUCUUUGGAAGAGGUGGUAAUGACUCUAAAAUGCAAAGGGGAGUUACUAGGUGGUCUUUACACCGGUGUAGAUACAAAACACAUUGCCAUGACUAGCAAGAUGGUGGAAGACUAUACUGGAAUGAGGGUUCAACCACACAAGCCCAUUGUUGGUGCUAAUGCAUUUUCUCAUGAAAGUGGAAUCCAUCAGGAUGGGAUCCUAAAGAACAAGAGUACAUAUGAAAUUAUGUCUCCUGAAGAUAUUGGAAUUCAUAGAUUUAAUGAAGCCGGACUUACACUUGGAAAACUUAGUGGACGUCAUGCUUUGAAAGCCAAACUUUUUGAGCUUGGUUACAACUUUGAUGGAAAUGAACUUAACCAAUUGUUUUUGCGCUUUAAAUCUCUAGCUGAGAUGAAAAAGAUUAUCACCGAUGAAAAUCUAAUAACAUUGGUAUCACACAAAGUUUCCGAGCCACAAAUAGAGUAUUAUCAAGCUUAG